AUGCCCCUCGUUGGUGACCUUUCCUCCAUUCUCGUCCGACGAGGCGGAGAUCUUCACUUACACGAGCUUCUGACCGUAGCUGGUAAAACACCCUUAUCGCCGCUCGAGGAGGCUCUUCGUUACUGGAAUUUUCUGACAAAAGCCGAUCAUGUUGCUCAAAGCCUUGGCAUUACAAAAACGGCGGGUUAUUUUGACAUAGUAGUCGUCAUCGCGGCCAACCAAUCUCUGGCUUCCCACUGCCACAGCGCUUCAAUAGGAGUCGGAUGCCGUUACAUCAUAUCAAUACUGAGUAAAGGCAAGGCUCGUAAGUUUGGACGAUUGAAGGGAUACAUCUAUUUACUGAACGAAAGGUUCGGGGAGUCAACCUCCCUGGCACAUCCACUCACGCCGUCGUAUCUCCGAUUCCGCGACGCUUGCAAGCUUCAUAUGGUUCACAAGUUUCUCGGAUGGGCUGCUGACCAAGACGAACUUUCUGGUAACCGAACGCCGCGGAAGGAGCUGUUCAACACAAUUGGGUCAAUCACAACUUACCGUAACAGCCACUUCCCUCGGGGUGGUGAUUGGUCGGACAUAGCUGUUACACCUGUCAACGUUAUUCAAAGCAUUCUCUUCCGUGAUAGUGCCCUCUUCUUCAUCCUCAUUCAGUCUCCCAUCAGAUAUGACCCUCGCCCGAUCCUGGUGGCGUGGUACGAAAAUCAUCUCCCUGUCCGCCGCCGUACAGCAAGCACACCCGCCUCGUCGAGCAUCCAUUUCCCCAUCACAUUUCUCUUCAUGGCUACGUCCCUCUACUCCAAAAUUCAAGUAACUGAUGCGUUUGAUUUCGCCCCUUCACAAUAUCAACCCUCUAUUUAUCACCCUCUCUUCGCGUCACCUGAAGCCGAUGUUAUCCUUCGUUCACUGGAGGGAACCCUCUAUCGCCUUAAUUCCUUAACGCUACACCAAUCAUCUGGAUUAUUCGCGACUAUGUUCAGCCUUCCACAACCGAAAAGCCAUUAUCGCGUGCAGCCAGAACGCAACCACUGCCACCUAAGAGGGACCCUAGAGUCGGAGAUAAUCGACGUUUACGAGAACGACUUUGUUUUGGACAGGAUUUUGCGACUAGUCUCCGGGCUCCCGCUUCCCAAGUGGGAGUCGGUAGAUGAGAUUGAGCUUGUCCUUGGCGUCGCUGAGAAGUGGGAUACACCCGGCCCUAUAGCGCAGAUCAGACUUACCAUUGGCACCCCCGAUUUUCUCAGAGCGCAUCCGCUCCGCGUGUACGCCCUAGCUAAACAUUUUGAUUGGAAGCGCGAAGCUAAAAUUGCUUCCACGCACACAUUAGCCCUGGAUUUGCAUGACGCCAUCCAUACACCAAUUCUAAGGAGGAUUUCCUCAAAAGAUCUGUUUGCCUUAUUUAACCUUCGCCGAAAACGCCGCGAGCGUUUUCGAGAGCUCAUCAAUAGCCCGGAAAGAUUCACGGCAGGAAAUAGAAAUGGAGCGAAAUCCGCUAGGAGAUACCCUGGGCGUGUUGGCAGGAGGGAUGUCGGAGUGGCCAGAGGCAAUAGCUUCCUGGGAAGCAAGAUGUGA